UGUCGACUUGUGUGCUUGUGUCAUCAAAAGGAAAACACUCAAUAUCUUCCAAUGGUUAAUCAUUAUGAAUAUUAAAUUUGGAGAUCUGGAAAAAGAUGACCGAUUCAAAAAACUGCAAGAAUUCCUGAAACUCUCUGGAAAGGAACAUAGCAAGAGUAUACACGAUAGAAAACCAUCAACUGCAAUAACUUGGCCGAGUAGUUCCAAUAUUAAUGUAGAUACUUUGGAUUCCAGCAUUGCAACACCAUUGCGACAAACUUCUUUGCUCAACAGCGAAGUCUUAGCUUCCAGCAAUAAUUUUAGAAAUAUAUUUUUAAAGAAGAAGAGCCACAAUAUUAAGCAAGAAGCAAUGACUACAUCUAGUCUCAAACAGUACGAUGUCAAGAAGGAUGAUCAUGUCGAUCGGCUUACUAUGCCACCCCCAAUGGGAAACACAAUUUAUCGCACUGUUCGGGAAUCACAAAAUGAAAUCCGUGCAUUGUCGAAUUGCGAAAAAGUGUUGCCUUCAUUUGAUUCAUCUAUACGCUCUUCAACGGUAAAUACAUGUUUGAAGAGCGCUCCUACCUCGAUAUCCACUAAUACAGGUGCUGAUGGAUCUAUUAUACCAAAGUAUCAGAAAACUUGUGUCUCACCGAGUUCUAUCCAUAAUUCUCGGAAUAUUGAUCGAGUAUUUUCAAAAUGGAAAAUUACAUUAAAUAGCUGCUACGAAUUAAUAAUUAAAGGAACUUUAGAUUGUGGUAGGGUUGUACGUAGUAAACCAGUUAUAAGAAGAUACUCUGCAAAAUGUGUUGAAUCCAAAUACAAGCAUAUAUAUAUUCUGACGGGGAAUAUUGUUGAUGAAAGCAAUGGAUUACCAGAUUAUAUUCGUGGAAAAUUUUAUAAUGGUUUUCCUGACGAUUGGGAGAACGUUCAUCAAAUAUGGAGGACAUAUGCCGAGCAAAGAUGUCCAGUAACGUUUCGUUGGCCCACCCCUAUUACUGACAGUGAUGACGAUUUAAAAAGCGAAUUGACAGAUAUGACUUAUGCACAUGUAAAAAAUAAGAACACUAUUUCUGCAACAAAAUCUUCUAACUUAAACAAGUCUAAUAAGAUUGAAAAUAUGAAUGGUACAUCUAAAGAGAAGGAAAUAUGUAAUUAUUCUACUCAUAGUAUUCCAACUUGUGAAAAAAAUUCAUUUAUAAAGCCUUUUAUUUACAACUCUGAAAAAGAUAUAAUUCCUGUUGUACAAACAAAGAAUACGAAGUCUUUAUGUGAUGAAGCUAGUAAGCAAAAUUUCAAUUCCAAUAUAAAUCCACCAUGCAGUUCUAGGAAAGUGAAUAAAUUGGAUAAUAUUCUUCGGCAAGAUAAACUGAACAUCAUUAUUAACAGUUUGGUAGACAAGAAUUGCUCUCAAGAGUACAUCGACAAAAUUUUUGAGAUGUUGGAUUGUUCGGAUUAUGCAGUGUCUUACAGAACGGAACCGGAAUGUAAUAACGAUUCGAUGACCUCCACGAAUCACGAAACAUAUAAAUCAGAAAUAAUGUCAUUGCAAAAGAGUUUAGUUUGUGAUGACAACCCCGUGAACACUAAUAAGCUUCAAAACAAAUCAAUGGAAUUAAAAAGCUGCACAAUAGGACACUCCAUCGAUCCGGGAUACGGAAGCAUAAAAAAUGAUUCUGGUACUAUCCAGUUAUCGAAUUCAGCAAAUCUUAGACCGGGACACGACAACAAUUCAGACAAAUUGGAGAGCGAGAUUUAUGCGGGUAUACGCAAAAUAUCGAUUGAAUCAGUUUUAAAAGCUAGAGAAUCACCUGGAAAAAUAUAUAAACGUAAAGUGAAAAAGAAAACGACUUAUCCGGACACUCAGAAACAUACGAUGAAUCUGACGUACAAUACAAAAGAAAUUAAGUCUAGCCAUAUGGUAAUGAAUGAAGAGAAAAAAUUACUUCCAAAUGAAUCCUGCGUCAGUAUAACAGAAGAUGAAGUGGGAACAGCACACAACAUGAGGAAGUGUCGCCAAACAAUACCUAUUAGUCCAAGAUCACAAAAAAUGACUUAUUCCAGUGGUCGAGAAAUAGAGAAAAAUUUUGAAGUGUAUGAGAAAGGCAAAUCUCUCUCUUCUGUAAUGCAUGUGCAAAAUAAACAUCCAAUUAAUGCUUUUGACACCAGAGUUAAUUCGGAUGUUUUUAUAAAGGAGCAAAAGAUUCCAUAUAAAGUUCAAAACAAUGUACAUUCACAGUUUGUUUCAGAUGUUGAUACUAUCAAUUCUAAUGUCAACAUUGUAACCGUAAGUUCACGAACAGCAGGUAGAAAUGUAACAGCAUCACCAGCUAAGGUGAACCAAGACAUUAUGACAAUCAGCGAAAAUGAGUUUUCUAAAAAAUCCAACGUCUCUUCAAAAUUACAUAGAGAAUUUAUCGAACAAACGAAAAACGAUAUUGUGAUGAAAAAAUCCAAACCUACCAUAAUCAGUUCGAUACCGGUAAAUUUGAAGAUGGGAAUAAGUAGAAAAAACUUGAAUAGAAAUACUGAGCAAUUGCCUUCCAAGAUAAUCAACAAUGACGAUAAACAGAAUAAAAAUAUUCGGCCAUCGGAAAACAUUAAAAAGAACUUCAUGUCAAUUGCUUCAAAAUCUGUGGUUAAUGAUUCUCAUACGAAGACAAUUGACAAUAAAAGAGAGGUUUAUCCAAUAACAAAUAACAAUAAAUUGCAUGAUGUAAAUUCUACUAAUCUGACGACGAAUCCAACAACUGAGCAACCUAAAAGCAGCAAAGAACAGUGUGGAUUAAAAAAAAAUCCCAAAAGGUUGACUGCAUGGAUUAUGUAAUAUUUUAUUUAUUAUGUAAUAUUUUCGCGGUUUCUUCCUAUGUACAUAAUACAAUUUUAUGGAAACUUUAUGAAGGCCUCAUGAACACGCUCUGCAAUUUCUUGAUUCACUUUCCUACACAUUGAUGGCAUCAAUGAGAAAAAUAAUUUGAAUAAAAAAUUGGAAUUUACUAUAAUUUACGAACGGUUCUUAUUUAUCAGUGACUAUAGAAAGAUAUUAAAUAUAAGACUACGGUCAAAAUAGAAUCAUAAUAUUUUACAAGA